AUGGCCAGCGUGUUCAGCGUUUGGACGGAGUGGCGUACCAAGGCGAUCAAGCUAGGAAGCCCGAACACUGAUCUCCGAGUCAUCUUUUCUCUUCAGUUCUGGGAGAUUCUUCUCGACUCCUAUCCUCAUAAGCUAAUCAUGUUGAACUUCGGCUGCAACCUUCUCUAUCUCGUCGGCAAGGUUUUACAGCUCCUGCUCCUGGGGCAGCUGAGGGAGCUGGAGGCCGCGAAGAUCAGCGAUCGCGUCAGGACAUACGUCCUCGUCAAGUUCAUCUUCAUGGGAGCUAUCCUGCAAGACCACGACGAGAAGGAGAUGAUGGUGUGGUUUGUGUGGCUGGCCCUGGUGGGUUUCUUGAAGCAGCUCGGGCUAUUGGCGAGGGACCGUCUUGAGUUCAUGAUGUUGUCGGUACAGACGAAGAGCGUCGACUAUGCUCGUCUCGGGCUGCUCAUCGCCUUUGUUCUCACCUGCGACGCUGUUCUCAUGCGCUGCUGCCUCAUGAUCUUCGGCUGCUGGCCGUCCAAGUGCGAGGCCGGAGGGUUCGGGGUCACGCUGCUGCUGCUUUUCGAGUGCGUCCUCAUUAUCGUCGACAGCGCGCAGACGAUCAUAAGAUUCUGCAUCCACAUGAUCAACUUGUCACGCGAUGGGCACUGGGAGCAGCGGAGCCUCUACUCCUUCUACACGGAGGCUGCAGCGGAACUCAUCAACAACUUUCUGAGCCUGUUUCAUUACGGUCAUGUCUGGAUGAUCCAUGGCAUGUCAGUCACGUUCACAGACGCGAUGCUGUUUCUCCUGACGCGGAGCAUCGUGAACAGCAUCCGAUCAAAGUUCUCUUCCCUCUCAGCGUUCCUCAACAUUGACAAGCGCUUCCAUGACGCCACUUCGGAGGAGUUGGCGCAGGUCGACGACAAGUGUUCUAUCUGCUGGGAGACGAUGUCAAAGGCCAAGGUUCUGCCGUGCGGGCAUGCUUUCCACCUGGGGCUGGAUCGAGCAUUCAGCAACAUGUCCAAAUUGCAGGCGAUCCAUCUCGGAAACGGCGGUGCGAACCUUCCGGGGCAGAGAAGGCGGUGGAGCAUUUUGAGAUGGUUGUCGAUGAAUGAGAAUGGCAGACAAGGAGGAAAUCAGCGGAGAGGUUUCCUCCCCUUUCUGAGAGAUGUCUCUCUGCAGGCAGAUGAAAUCCCGCAGGAAAUCGUGCAGUCUGUCCUUAACGUCAUGCCGAAUCUGUCGCCCAGGGCGGUUCGACAGGAUCUCAUCAGAACCAUGGACGUUCAAGUCACUGUCAACAGGGGCCUUGAAGGCCUGAUCGCCGAGGCGAGCUCGCCCAUGCCACCCCCCAGCCAGCAGAGGCCUCGCCCACCGCAGGAAGCGGACGGGGAGCGUGACGCUGGUCCCCAGCGAAGUGAGGAUGAAAUCUCGCAAGAAGAAGACUUGCGGAGGCAAGGGAGUGAGAGUCAAGGGAGGGACGUCCGUGCGGCAGCAGCAGCGGCAGCAGCAGCGGCAGAAGCGGCAGCCGACGAUGGAGCCAACCAGAGGGUUGACGACCCCGCAGAAAUCUCGGAGGAGACGACUUGCGCGGCAGAGGGAGGAGAGAUGGUACAGCGCAGAAUGCUUCUCGCUCAGGCGGCUAUGAGAAGAGCCGCACCAAAGGAGCACCAGGAGUGA